AUGACUUCAACUCCCACCCCCUCCCAUACCCAAUCCAGCCCGCACACCACCAAAAUGCAAGAAACCUACACCUUCGAACUAAGCACCAUUACCCCCACCCAGCAACUGGUGAUCAUCACCCCGGAGACCCGCGAACUGGCCACGCAGACCUUCGACUGGGAAAUCCUAGAGAACCGCCUACGGGCUGUCUUCCAGAAGCUGCGGGAGAUGCGGCCGCAGGCGCCGCUGUUCCACGGGAUCAUCCACGCCUUCGAGCAUGUGCGGUGCUAUCGCGAACUGUCCCCGGAGGAGAGAGGCACUGCCCGAGCGGUGUAUCGGUAUGAGUUCAACGGAGAGCCCUCGCUGGACUGCGUGCUGGACAUCGAGCUCCUGUAUGGCUGGUUGAGGCGGCUGCCGCGGGGUUGCCCGUUGAGGCUGGAUGAUUUCCCCUGCGCGACGAUGGCUGCGCUGGCGUUGGAGGUUCGGUUGUGGGGGACCUCUUCGGUUGUGUAG